AUGUCUGACAAUAAACGAAUCAUUGCUCUCGGAUUUGAAGGAAGUGCCAAUAAAUUAGCUAUCGGAGUGGUAACAUUGGAUGGUGAGAUUUUAAGUAAUCUGAGACAUACCUACAUCACACCACCAGGAACAGGAUUUUUACCGAGAGAAACAGCAAUCCAUCACAAGGAACACAUUCUCUCCAUGGUUGAAAAUGCCUUGAAGGAAGCUAACAUAACAAAGGAUGAUGUUGAUUGUUUAUGUUAUACUAAAGGACCUGGAAUGGGUGCUUGUCUACAUGUUGUAGCUGUAGUAGCAAGAACUUUGGCUCAACUCUGGAAAAAGCCUCUCAUUCCUGUCAAUCACUGUAUUGGACAUAUUGAAAUGGGAAGAGUUGUUUGUAAAGCUGAUAAUCCAAUAGUAUUAUAUGUUAGUGGAGGUAAUACUCAAGUUAUUGCUUAUAGUAUGGGAAAAUAUAGAAUUUUUGGAGAAACUAUUGAUAUUGCUGUUGGUAAUUGUUUGGAUAGAUUUGCUCGUCUGAUAAAUUUAUCAAAUGAUCCAAGUCCAGGAUAUAAUAUUGAACAACUGGCUCGUAAAAAGAAUGAAGAUGGAUCAGAUUUGAAAUAUAUUGAACUGCCAUAUGUUGUAAAGGGAAUGGAUGUUAGUUUUUCAGGAAUUUUAUCAUGGCUGGAAAAAUUUGGUUUGGAAAUGUUAAAGAAGGGUGAAUGUACAGCUGAAGAUUUGUGUUUUUCACUUCAAGAAACAAUAUUUGCCAUGCUUGUUGAAAUUACAGAAAGAGCCAUGGCUCACUGUAACUCAAAUGAUGUCUUAAUCGUUGGUGGAGUUGGUUGUAAUGAACGUUUACAACAAAUGAUGCAACAAAUGGUUUCUGAAAGAACUGGAGGUAUACUUCAUGCCAUGGAUGAUAGAUAUUGUAUUGAUAAUGGUUGCAUGAUUGCCUAUGCAGGUAUUUUACAUUUCAAUGCCAUUGCUAAGGAACAUGAAUGUUCUGUGACUCAAAGAUAUAGAACAGAUGAAGUUGAUGUUAUUUGGCGUACUAAUCCACAACAAUAA